CCAAACAGGUGUUCCCUAAGGGUGGAGACUACUCUGCACGAGAGAGACUAGAAGCUAAGGGCUUGCGCCCUCCUGGAGCCAUGGGCAGCAGUUGUCGCAUCGAAUGCAUAUUCUUCAGCGAGUUCCACCCCACGCUGGGACCCAAGAUCACCUAUCAGGUCCCUGAGGACUUCAUCUCUCGGGAGCUGUUUGACACGGUCCAGGUGUACAUCAUCACCAAGCCAGAGCUGCAGAACAAGCUCAUAACUGUCACAGCCAUGGAAAAGAAGCUGAUAGGCUGCCCCGUUUGCAUCGAGCACAAGAAGUACAGCCGCAACGCACUGCUCUUCAACCUGGGCUUUGUGUGUGACGCUCAGGCCAAGACUUGUGCCCUCGAGCCCAUUGUCAAAAAACUGGCUGGCUACCUGACCACACUGGAGCUAGAGAGCAGCUUUGUGUCUACGGAGGAGAGCAAGCAGAAGCUGGUGCCCAUCAUGACCAUUUUGCUGGAGGAAUUAAAUGCCUCAGGCCGGUGUACUUUACCCAUUGAUGAGUCCAACACCAUCCACUUGAAGAUGAUUGAGCAGCGACCAGACCCUCCUGUGGCUCAGGAAUAUGAUGUUCCUGUCUUUACCAAAGACAAGGAGGAUUUCCUCAAUUCACAGUGGGAUCUCACCACACAACAGAUCCUCCCCUACAUUGACGGUUUCCGCCAUGUCCAGAAGAUCUCAGCUGAGGCAGAUGUGGAGCUCAACCUGGUUCGCAUUGCCAUCCAGAACCUGCUGUACUAUGGAGUUGUGACACUGGUGUCCAUCUUCCAGUACUCCAACGUAUACUGCCCAACACCCAAAGUCCAGGACCUGGUAGAUGACAAGUCCCUGCAGGAGGCCUGUCUGUCAUAUGUGACCAAGCAAGGGCACAAGAGAGCCAGUCUCCGGGAUGUGUUCCAGCUGUACUGCAGCCUGAGCCCAGGCACUACUGUUCGAGACCUCAUCGGCCGCCACCCCCAGCAGCUACAGCGUGUUGAUGAGCGGAAGCUGAUCCAGUUUGGGCUUAUGAAGAACCUUAUCCGGCGGCUACAAAAGUAUCCAGUGCGAGUGUCUCGGGAGGAGCGAAGCUACCCUGCCCAGCUGUACACAGGCUGCCACAGCUAUGAUGAGAUCUGCUGCAAGACAGGCAUGAGCUACCAUGAGCUGGAUGAGCGACUAGAAAAUGACCCAAACAUUAUCAUCUGCUGGAAGUGAAGCCUAUGAGGGCCUGGAUAGAAUCUGGCUGUGGCCACUCCCUCC